AUGGCAAAGGGAGAAAUAUAUGCCAAGCCUCAGUUUAAUAGAAAGGAUACGUGUCCUGAGCUCAACCUGCAGCACUCCAGGCAGCACGGGCUGCCCCGAACAUCCCGCAGCCCAAACUGUGCCUGUCCGGGACCGCAGCUGCGGCACCGGCACCGACCGCCAGCACAACACCGACCGCCAGCACCGCCACCGGCACCGGCACCGACCGCCGGCACAGCACCGACCGCCAGCACCGGCACCGGCACCGACCGCCGGCGCAGCACCGACCGCCAGCACCGGCACCGGCACCGACCGCCGGCACAGCACCGACCGCCGGCACAGCACCGACCGACCGCCGGCACCGGCACCGACCGCCGGCACAGCACCGACCGCCAGCACCGCCACCGGCACCGGCACCGACCGCCGGCACAGCACCGACCGACUGCCAGCACCGCCACCGACCGCCGGCACAGCACCGACCGCCAGCACCGCACCGACCGCCGGCACCGCGCCGAGCCUCGCCCGCGGGGCUCAGCGCCAGUCCGCACAGAACAGACAACAGCAGCAACUCUGACACAAACCAAAGAUAAAAACAAAUAGCAAUCCUUCUGAACAUGGCACUGCAGAACAGGCGUACAAAAUAGACUAAAUUGAAUCCUGAAUUGUGUUGGUGCCUGUGUGUUUUGACGAGCAACUGCUUGGGGACAUCAGGUGUCAGAAGAACCCGUUUGGCCUGGGAUGGUGCAGUGAACAGACACGUCUGUGAAGGGCAUCGGCAAUCCGCUGCCUGUCACUCGGGACGAUCCAACGCCGGGAAACCCACUCUGCCAAGGCGGCAGGAGUCCGAGGUGAAAGUGAAGAAAAGAAAGUUGCCAUCUCUCAUUAAGAUUUAUUAUUCGUCUGAGCUUUUGUAGUCCCGAAGCUUAACGACAGAUGGUGGUGUAACUCCACCAAUUUUGUAAUAUCUCCUUUACUUUGAUGUUGUAAUACAGAUUCUCCUCGACUUGACUUCGGUUAAAACCAGCAUUUUCUGCUCUUUCCCAAGUGUCUCGGAGCAGUACGCAGGGAGGAAAGGGAGUGCACCUUGUUCGAAGAGGGAUCUAUUAUGUGUUCUUGUUUGCUUUCUAAACAAUCCUAAUAGAAAAUAGCAAUCUUAUAGACACCUAGAGCUGACAGCAGCACAGAGAAAUUACAUUAAAUUAAUUAAAGGGAAACGGUUUCAAAGCGGUUUAUUUCAAGCG